UUCUCGCUUUGUUUCCAUGUUUCUAUCGCCUACCGUGUUUUUGUGCGUUUGUUUUGUGUUCUUAUAAGUGCAGUGAUUUUAUUUGCAGUUUUCGUGAUGUUAACAUCUUGUAUAUUGUAUGUACAUAUUGUUAAGUGAAUUACGAUUAUUAUUUCUAAAUUAAAACAUGUUUCUUACAUCUGUAGUGAUAGUUAAGUGUUGCGAGUGCCCACCGGUGGAGUACCUUCUUCGCAAUGGCGGAAGAGCAGGCAUGCCUUGUGCGUGCGCGAUCUGACUCUGAAAGCUCCUCCAAACUAGGCAGCUUUGGAUCAAUAACCCGCACAAUGACUUAUACAGAGGAUAGACUAACCGGUGCUGAAGGUGCGGGUGAACUUGGCAAUGUGUCUGCGCCCACAGCCAGCCCGCCUGAGCAAGUACCUGAUGGCAAUGAGAGUGGCGAGCUCCUAGACUAUAAUGAUUCUAGUGUAUUAGAACAGUUCCAUGAAGAUGCCUUGCGACAGGCUGGCUGUGGUCUAUCUCAAGCGCGGGUGUUACUUGCAGUGACACUGGCUAUAGCGGGCGCGUCCCUCGAGUUGGCAGCCAUACCUUUUGUGCUGCCCUCAGCUGAAAUUGAGCUGUGCAUACUGCCACAUGAAAAGAAUUGGCUUGUUCUAAUCAGUUUGGUGGGCGGGUCGUUGGGUGCAGUGGGUUGGGGAGCGUUGGGAGAGCGGCUGGGGCGGCGUCGCACGCUGCUGUCUUGUCUCGCGGUCAAUGCGGUGUUCGCAGCCAUCGCUGCGUUCAUGCCUACCUACGGCACCUUCAUGAUGGCCAGAUUCUGUUCAUCAAUCGGUUCUGGUGGCACUGCGUCCGUGGGCUACACGUAUUGUGGUGAAUGGUGCGCGCGCGCUCGCCGGCGACGUGCACUGGCGCUGCUCGCUGCGGGCGCGGGCGCAGGUGCUCUGCUCGCGGCCGCGCUCGCGCACGCCGUACUGCCCGACACCGGCGCGGACGCACUCAGAGAGAAUAAAGAGCACUUUAGUGCCUGGCAUCGAUACCUCCUUUUAUGUACAUUGCCGAUAUUGGCGUCCUUGGUGAGUCUGAUCUGGACGCAGGAGUCGCCGCGGUACUUGCUCGACGUCGGCCGGGAAGUUGAUGCUAUGAUGGUCUAUCAGAGCAUACACAGCAGCAACCAGUUCCGCGUGUGCGGCAAGGUGGAGGUGUCGGCGGGUGCGGGUGCGGGUGCGGGUGACGCGGAGUACCGGCUGGGAGAGCUGACACUGCCCGGCAAGCGUCGCCCGCCCGCGCUGCACCACGUCAGACAUAGUGUUAAAAUGUUCUGGCAGGCAUUUUUUCAAUUAUUCUCAAGUCCCUACAGAAGUACUACAAUCUCGUUGGGAGGGAUUUUACUCUUUAGUAUGGCUAUACAGUAUUACUUGUCAUCGUAUGUACCGGCAACAGUGGUGUCAGCAGAGAGUGAGCAGUUUGAUGCAGCAAAGCGCUGGAUUACAAACGAGUCGUUCAUCAACGAGCACUACAAUGAAACGCUGGAGAACGCACAGUUCGUGGGAGUGGCUUUUCGCGACUGCAACUUCCGAGACAUGAUCAUCUCCCACGUCACCUUCCAGAACUGUACCUUUACUAAUGUAUCCUUCUCCAAUAUCAUGUCUUCCUUUACAAUGUUUAAGGACUCCGUCUUUAUUAAUAGCAGUAUAAUAGACACGGACAUGGAGGUGGGGCGCGAGUUGUCGGAGUGCGUGUUGUCGGGUAGUGUGGUGCGAGGUAUCCGCGGCGGCUGCGCACGUCACGCAGACCUGCGCUCGCACCUCGCCGGACUGCGCGCCGAGCAGGCGCACGCAGCUCGCGCCGCACUCGCCGGAGCUGCGCUUGCGCUGCUGCCACAUCCCACCACAGUACGACCCACCGUUAUCCUGUGCGCAGCGUGUAUAGUGGUGUCCCCGUCUAUCUACUUCACACGAGAUGAGACGAUGUUGUACAUCAUAGAGGCGGUGUACAGAUUGUUGGUUACACUUAUAUUCUAUAAUGUCGGACUCGAUGUUGUGAACUCCUACCCUGCUAAUUUAAGAUGUACAGCACACGGUCUAAUACUGUCGGUGGCGUACAUGGGCGGGGCGAUUGUGAAGGGCGCGGGCGAGGCUUGCGCUUCUCUCAGCACUCUGCUCUGCGCACUGCUGGCACUCGCCGCCACCGCACUCUCACUCUACAAGCGAUAGGUACAACAGGUAUUGAAGUUGUCAAAUAUCUUGGCGGCUCAGAACAUCAUACAAGUAACUGCGGAGUACUCAAUUUUAUGUGUUAAAGGUAUCCCAUGGCAACUCAAGCUCAGUCGCCAAGAUAUUUGAAACGGCCUAUACAGUCAGUCGUUCGCGAUAUUCCACAUACAGAAAAGUAACGCUCUUUCUUACAUACAACAAAUUUGAUUUGUAUAAAUUAAAAA